AUAUUAUGUAAACAUGAUGCUGUGGUUAGACAAGUCGAUUGGGUAGAUCUACAAUUGGUUUAUUUAUCUUUUGUCAACAACUUGAGUAAGUGUGCAGGAUGGAUAUAUCAGAGACACACAUAUCUGCGGCAAAACCGUCCUCUAGCACUCAGGAAAUGACAUCAAAGUUGCCUCGUUACACUUAUUAUUUGUCUAAUUACGAAUACUUGGAGCCGUCGCUAAAUCCAAACUGUUCUGUGGAUGGUGACAAAAGUCAUGGGACUUCACCGAAGUUCGGUAUCGAUAGCGCUUAUGAUGAUAUUCUAUCAAAUUUAGAUGACUCUCAGGGUUUGUCGUCUAGUUUAAAUUGUACAAUCAGCAACUUAGGGUUCUUUCGGAACUCUGGUAAGGACAAUUAUCCUGCAUCGGGACCAGUGGACGAUCAUGUGAUAACAUCUUCCGCACAAUUCUCUGAUAAUGGUGUUGACACCUCCUUUUUGAAAGAAUCUCCAGAGGUGGAAAAAAUAUGCUCUGUCGAUGCCGACGAUGAGUUGGUUUCUGCUUCGGUUGCGGAUGAUGGCAAUAGCUUCUAUUCGGAUUCUACCAAUCGUUUUGACGACCAAAACACGUUGCAAACAUCUUUGUUUGUUGAUCAGCCGCUCGCAGAUAGACGCCAGCGAUGGAUGAGUAAAUAUUGUUCAGGAAAUGUUGAAGUGUUCCGUAAGAACCAGAAGGAACUUAUGGAUGAAAUUGCAACUAAUUUAGCCAAUGAAGACGGAUUGUCGGAAUUUCCAAUGAAAUGCAUAUUUGUUUGGGGCGAAACUGGCUCUGAUGGAAAGUUUGACCCGCUUUAUAUUCGAGAGGGUGAUGUCAUUGUUAAUAGGUACCGUAUCACUGCUGUAUUGGGUAGUACCCCUUUUUCAGUUGUUGUUAAAGCACUCGAUGGACAACUUAAUGAGGAACUGUGCAUUAAGAUUAGUAUGCCGGAGGCUGUGAAUCAGGCUAUUGAUGAAAUCAAUAUGUUAAAAGCGCUUAACUCCCCGAAAAAUGGUGAGAGGGCGGCAAUUGUUGAAAUAAAGGAUUAUUUCUACUUCAGAGGCUGCAUUUUUACAAUAUUGGAACUCUUGGGUGCCAAUUUGUAUGAAGCUACCCGUGACCUAUACAAUACACAGGUACUACACGAAACACCCUUUGCGGCAAAAGACGUAGAACAAUUUGUAAACAGAGACCGACAGGGUUGGACUCUGCGGGCACUAUCAUACAUAGCUCGUGAUGUACUUGUGUCUUUGAAGUUUUUGCAUGGCAUUGGUAUAAUCAAUUGUGAUUUAAAGCCCGAGAAUAUUGUGUUAAAUAAAGGAUCUACUUCGCCAUUUGUCAAAUUGGUUGAUUUCGGUUCAAGUUGUUAUAUGCAGGAGCGUUUGAGCGAUUACGUUCAGAGUCGUUCAUACCGGGCUCCCGAGGUUAUUAUGGGAUUGCCGUACGACACUCAGAUCGAUAUGUGGAGUUUGGGUUGCGUGCUUUGUGAGCUAUACAUUAAGCGGAUUUUAUUCCCAAGUGAUAAUAACUCUACAUUAAUGGCAUCUAUGAUAAGCUUACUUGGCGUCCCUCCAGUAUAUUUGUUGGAGCACAAAAUGAACAGUGCUUAUAUGGUUCUACCAACCGGCAAUGUUGCUGACCUCAGCGUCAACACUGAAUUGUUGAAAGGGCGCCAAAAAACUAUGGCUCCGGAUUAUCAAUCUAGUAUGAGGUGCAACAUGUCAGUCAGCAGCUCUUCCGUAGGUUCUAUAAUCACCUCACACCGCGGAUUGAAAAAGGAUGGUAACAUCACAGCUGACUGCGACUCUUUAAUGGACACAAGGAGCGAUUUCCCGGAGGAUGAUAAUAGCUUUGUCACACCGACCAAAUAUUCCAUUACGCAAGAUGGAAUGAUGGCGCGACGAGAUCAUAACAGCCAUUUGAAACACAGCGAUAGUGGCAUUAAGCUUGGACUAUGUGAUAGUCGCACGAACACAAAAUGCGUCCGCAUAAUAGAGCCAACUCGAUGCUCCAUUGAAGAGAUGCUUGGAACUUCUGAAUCGGCUGAAUUGUCUACCUUUGGUGAUUUCAUCAAGGGGUUGUUACAGUAUGAUCCCCUAGAGCGUCUAACCGCAGAGAGCGCCUUGAAUCACAAAUUCAUUUUAGACUACUGUAACACUGAUUGAUUAUUCUACCUUUUAGUUGUUAUUCGUUUUGUCUUUAUU